CAUAUAAACACCUCCCAUUUUAAUCUUCUCCAGAAGCCAUCGCAGACCAAUUUCUUCCGGGGUUUUCCCUACACGAGGCAGUAUCAUCCUUCUCUCAUCCACGUACAAAGCCUACGGCUCCAGGCACCAGUAUCACAAACGAGCGAAACAAGGUACAUGAAUAUGUCCGGCAUGCACAAAACCGCCUCGUCGGACGCGGCUGUCCGGGCCGACAACUCGACUCAUACAACGCAGGCGCAAGAACGGGGCACUGUCCCACAGCAUGGCCGUUCCCGUCGCCGCGAGGACGGGAGGGCUCAGCCAUGGCUCCAGCACUGGCCGCCGUCGCGGGGCACGGCCGUUUCCACGGCGUACGGCUUCAAGAAGGGAGAGACGGUGCACAUCUAUGGGAAUUAGGGCUGGCUUGUUGCAACACGUAAUGUGUUUUUAUCGAUAUUCCUUUUUUCCAAAUGUGCAAUGUGUAUUGUGAAUCAAUUCAGGGAUACGAACAGUCUAGCCUAUGGCGUUCGGGUCGGCUGGGUGCAGGC